AUGCCAGCUAGUUUAUUGGAGUAUUUUUCUGAAGCUAACGGAGAUGGUUUGAACGUGUCGUGGGCUAAUGCCGUUAACAGCAAAGGAAGACUAGGAGCUGCUCUGAGAUCUCAAGCAAUGGUGUUGGAGGCCGAUAUCAGUAUGUCAAUGAACAGUCGUUUUCCUGUACCAAUCAUGGCUCACUCUCCUAGUAUGAUAAGUGACAUCACCCUGGAUGAGUGGCUACAUGAGACACUUCCUCACAACAAAGGCAUAAAGCUAGACUUCAAGACCACUGAAGUAGUCGAACCGGCGUGCAGAGUUCUGGCACGUGUAGCUGAGCAGAUUCGAGGUCCAUUGAUACUAAAUGCUAACAUUCUUCCUGGCCCUAACAACCCCAUGACUCCACCGGUGGAUGCCUGGACGUUUCUUACCCUGAGUAGAACCCGCUUUCCUCACUCGGUGAUCUCCAUCGGUUGGACAAUGUGUAAUGAAGUCAUUGAGGUUAUGUCAGGAGCAUGUAUCAAACUAGGUUUCACCAGAGAAACUGUUGACAAGAUGAUCAGUGUAGUGAAAGAAUUCAGCUUGAUGCAGCCAGUAAUGUUCCCCAUUUGGCUUCUCCACCUCAAGUAUUCGGUGCCAGAGAUUCAGAGACUGUUGUUUCAGGUUCCUAAUAGUUCCUUGAUGGCUUGGUGUAACAAAGGAGACCCUGUAACUCUAGAAGACCUCCUGAUGAUACGGAAAGCCUUUCAUAUAAGUCAGGUCUUUUACGACCUACCCGACGAUCUUCUGCAGCACUUUUAUUCCGUCACUUAAAAGUGAUGCUUACUUUUUGUUUUUAUGACUAAUUAAUUUGUUUUUCCUUGACAGACAUUGGCAGAAUCCAUCAUUCUUCAAUGAAAAACAUUGACAAAACUGAUAAUUCUUCAAGAACAAAAUAUCUCACGUGCUUUUGUUUUAUUUUGUAUGUGGGGGGGGGGAUUAGUUGCACUUUAUAAAGACGAUGUUCCAUGUCCCAUGUUGCCCUUGCAGCUACUUUCUCCAUAAUCAGUUGUCUGAUGGUCAUCAUGAUUAGUCACUAUUGCCCGACACCGCAUUUCCCAUUGUAAUAAAUUUCUGCUUAGGACGGCGAGAUCAAUCUGAGACCAUACAUAUUGGUAAGUUUUCCACAGGUCAUCCACUACUUUCGGGGAAGUCGGCUUCUACGAUCACAUAAAGCAAACCAAAAUACACAUGUCCAUUGGGACGUAGUCAGGUGACUUACCAGGUACAUUGGAAAAGAGGGUUAGCUUGAACACUAGUUCAUUCUUUAAAUAACAGAUAUAUUGGGGAAGAGGACAUAAUGAACACUAGUUUUUCUUUGACUUAAAAGGUGUGUAGGAGAAGGGCAUAACAUGAACAGUAGUUUUCUUUGACUUAAACGGUGUGUAGAAAAAAGGAGAUAGCAGGAACACUAGUUUCAUUCUUUAACUUAACAGAGGUGUAGCAGAAGGAGAUGAUAUGAACACUAGUUUCAUUCUUUGCCUUAACGGGUGUGUAGGAGAAGGAGAUAGCAUGGACAGUAGUUUCCUUCUUUGUGCCAUGUUGAAGAGUCUGUAUCAAGUUGCCAGUUUCUUGCCAAAGUUUCUUGGCGUCGUUCAAUCUUGCAGCAAACUUCCGUCUCUCACUUCCAUGUUUGUUUUAUUUUUCAGUUUGUCAUUCUUAAUAACGUUUUUUGAAAGCAGCUUCUACACUUGUAGUUCAUUCUUCAUUUUCACAAGGCCAAUAUCUUUGGGAAUUACCUAUUGCACAAUAGAUUGAAAUAUGUGUAACUUGUGAGCUUUCACUUUCUGGACGGAUGGUUCAUAGGUGACCAUUUUAAGAAUUCUGACAAUGGUAACAUUUAUUUGAAUGCAGUUUAAGUGGUUUUACGUCCUCUUGUAGAUGUGCUGAUUUUUUCGUGACCACGUUAUCCAAUAUAUUACAGGUAGUCGUUUUUGGAAUUAGGGUGCUUUGUAUGUUUUUGCUAUUUCGCUAUAUUAUUAUCUUUCUUCAAAAAGGGCUGUGAAAUAUUCUUCCAGCCAUAAGAGUACCCGAGAUGGUACUGCACUUUUGAAUGACCGAGAAUUCACUGUGAGCUAUAUAUAUAUAUAUAUACCCAAUCCCCUGGUAUCUUGGCAACCUUACA